AUGUGUUACGCGGCGGCAUCUCCUAGGAAUGAUUACGCCUCAUCGCUUGAAAAUUAUCAGGCUGACCAUGUGCUGCUGAGGAUGCAAAUUUACGAUCACCAUGUCGAACGUGCCACCCGCUUCCAGGAGCAAUUUCGUCCCGAGAUGCACGGCGCCACUUUGUUCACGACCACCCUCGCGCUCGGGUGCAUCACUGCAGGCUGCGCCCAGAACAUCAUCCUCACCAACGAUGACGGUUGGGCGACAGCGCAGGUCCGUGCCCAGUUCUCCGCGCUGACCAGCACUGGGUUUGAUGUCAUUUUGUCCGCACCCGCGGUGAACAUGUCUGGCACAGGUUCGACGUCUGCGACGCCGACGCCUCUCGGCGAGCCCUGUGAAUUUGAUACCUGCCCUACGGGAUCGCCUGCAGAAGGCUUCAAUGCCUCAGAUCCUCGCCUUAACUAUGUGAACGCAUUCCCUGUGGAUGCCGCUAGGUACGGCAUCCAGACCCUGGCCCCACAAUUCUUCGGCGGCCCGCCUGAGUUGGUCGUCAGCGGGCCUAACAUCGGAAGUAACCUCGGACUAGCCGUCUUCUUCUCGGGCACGCUCGGCGCCGCCUGCGAAGCCGCGAAAGAGGGCAUCCCCUCCAUCGCCUUCUCGGGUACAAGCGGCUCGCAAGUCUCCUACACAACGCUCACGAGCACGCCCAACGCGACGUCCACGCUCGCCGCGGAGACAUACUCCGCGCUCACCGCGACCUUCGUCCAGGCACUCACGUCCAGCGGGAUCUCCCCGCUCCUCCCAGGUGGAAUCACGCUGAACGUGAACUACCCCUCCGUGGACGCGUGCCCGUCACCGGCGGACUACCAGUGGGUGCUGUCGCGUGUGUUCCUCAAUAUUCUCGCAACGGAUGUGGAGACGUGUGGGAGUACGACGCUGCCGCUCGAGAGCAAUGUCGUCGCGGCGGGGUGUUUUGCGAGCGUGUCAGUCGUGGACGCAUCGACGAAGAUGGACGCUAACUUGACCAUGCAAGCCGCCGUGCUGCAGAGGCUCGCGAAUUUGCCACUGAGCUGCCUGCCGAGCUGA